UUUAAGUUGCCCAGAGUGCGUUUGUUAUUUAAAGUAUUUAAGUUUUGAUUAUUAAUAUAAAGUAUAAGAAGCAUAAUAUUACGAUGGCUGAGUUUCAAACACCAGUUAAAGUUAAAUCAAAUAAAAUCCCUGAGGGAAGUGAUAAAAUAUCUAUUCCUCCUUCGCCGUUUUUAAAUCGUCUGGGAUACGGAACAGGUGUAUCCGUUAUGCAGCUCGUUAGGUCCCCUAAAGCAGGGCAAAUACGUUCACCUUGGGCUCUAAAAAUGCUUAACAAACGAGUUAAACCAAACAAGGUGUACACGGAAAGGUUGCAAGCAGAGGCGGAGCUGUUACAACGCAUGUCUCACCCCAAUAUCGUCGGCUUCCGAGCUUUUGGAACAACCAAAAUUUUGUAUUUAGGAAUGGAAGCAUGUGACCUCUCACUGGGAGAUAUGAUUGAGAAGAAAGUUGAAAAUGACUGUGAACCUUUCGCUCCGAAGUGUAUUUUAAAAGUAGCGGCUGAUAUUGGCAAUGCACUAGACUACCUACACACAAAGAUGCAGAUACUGCACGGGGACAUGAAGUCUUACAACAUAUUAGUAAAUGGAGAUUUUGUAAUUUGCAAGCUCUGUGACUUUGGUGUGACUCUACCGCUCGAUGAGAAUGGUGUACUAGACAAACAGAAAAAGAAAUAUGCUAUAUACUUUGGAACAGAAGCAUGGAGUGCCCCCGAGGUAAUCCACGGAGGCACAAUCAGCAGCGCCACAGACAUGUGGCCACUGGGGCUGGUGUUCUGGGAGAUGCUGGCGCUCAUGCCUCCACACACUCAAAUGGAUGACACAUUUGAUGAGAGUGUUGACAGUUUGCAAGAUGAUUCCAUGCUGGAUCAUUUCACUGAGAGAUAUGGUACUCGGCCGGUGGUGCCGGGUGGCAUAUGUCCGGUGCGGUACGAGCAGCCGCUGGUGCUGUUCUGCAGCUGCACGCAGGAGGCGCCCAGCGCGCGCCCCUCCGCACGCCGCCUGGCUGACGCGGCACAUCUUGCAUGGCACACUGAUGCAGUGUGACAGAUAUCAGUUAUGACAUGUGACAUACAUUUAUAUGACCAGAGGAUCACUGAAUUACCUUGCGAGAGAUAAUAACAGGUGCCUUUCAUUUACUUUUAAUACAGAUUCUAUUUUAUUGUGUUCAAUUUCUGUGUCACAAAGUAUGACAUUAAUUGUGAAAUGUAAAUUUGGAACGGGUGAGGUUUAAUAAGAAUAUAAGUUUUUAAAACAAUUAUAUUUAAGUAACAUAAAUAAAAAUUCAACAAGAGUUACACAUGGGCUAAGUUACAAGCUUGUGUAGUUAUAUAGUGAGACUCACGUGUGUACGGUCAGCAGUUGUCUUACAGCAAAGUGUUAUGUACAGCUUCCAAUUACAUUAUAUAUCUUAUGUAAUACUUGAUGCCACGUACAUGUACAUUUCAAUAUGUAUUUAUGUACAUACAAAAGGAAAUGGAUUUCAAUGACUCAUGUACUAAUAUUUAAUUUUGAAUUCAAUUUUCUUUCCCUAUGCUUUAUCUGCAAUCAGUAUAUAGGACUUUAAGCAGAUGUGAAGAAAGAGUAAUUGAAUUCAAAAUAAAUGAUUCUACAUAAAAUGACUUUUAUUAUACAACCUUAUUUAAAAAUAAUUCCAGGAACCUAAGUUAAACUUAUGUCUACUGAAAAUUAACAGAAUAUAUCUGAUGUUUAGGAAUUCAGUCAGAAUGAAAAGUUAUAAUUUGUUUACAUACAG